AUGGAUUUAGACUCGGGCGUCGUCGACCCUCGCUCCGGCCUGGUAGUGGAUGUGGGUGUUGGUGUGGGCUCAGCCGGUUCAUGUUUCGCACCAUCUGCGAUUCCGCCAAACGGCUGCCACAGCCUCGUCGUCUCCAACGCCGCCCCCAAGUCAUCCUCGCUCAGCGUCGAUUCCUCCUUUCUUCAACAACUCGCCUGGCCUCCCGACCUGAAUCCUUUUGCCGAUCCUGGCCAGGCCAUUGGCAACCUCGCCGCCGCGCCGCCCCCCUCGCAUCCGUCGGCCGCACCACCUCGACCGUUUGUGCCCGCCGGUCUCACCGUCGACGUCAGCGCCGCUGCGCUACUAUCCGCCGCCGCCGCACGCGAGUCCAUUGGCUCCUCGACCGCCGCGAGCACCGUCUCGUCGCAGUGCAGCAUCGGCCCCUGCUUCAGCGCGCGCGACUCGGUGAGCACUGCUGCCCUGACCUCGCCCAGCUCCACGGGCAGCAGCAGCGGCGUCUCGCCUCGCUCCUGCGCCGCAGGGAACAAGCCGAACGCCGCCGCCGCCGCUUCCGCCAUGUCUGGCCGCCCAUCAGCCAAGCGGCCGGUCGAGCGCGGCGAGAGCAGCGGCGAGGACAGCCCGGCGCACUCGGCCACCGGUAGCCAGAACGGCGCCAGAUCCAAGGUCGCUCGCGUCGAGCGCAGCGUUGAAGACUUUUCGUCCGUGGUCAAGAACCGCCUGCAGUCUUAUACACGCACUGGCCAGGCCUGCGACCGAUGCAAGGUUCGAAAGAUUCGAUGCGAUGCCCUACCCGAGGGCUGCUCUCACUGCAUAAACCUAAAUCUCGACUGCUUCGUCACCGACAGGGUCUCUGGACGCACCGAACGCCGUGGCUACAUGCAAGAGCUGGAACGCGAUAAAAAUGGCAUGGUAUCGCAUAUUCGGCAGCUCGAAAAUCUUUUGUUAGAGAAUGGACUCCAGGUCCGACCCUGGCAAGAAGAAAAGUCUAGCCCCGAUGCCGAUGCCGAAACCGCCGAAACCGCCGAGCAGCCGUCCCACGAGUCUCCGCCGUCCGGCUGGGCGCAGGUAGGAUCUUUAUGGGUCAAGAAUUAUACGAAAAAGCCCUCGUAUUCUCCACGAUUCCCGCGCAGCAAGCUCGAAACUCGCUCAGAGUCUAAAGGCACCCUUGCGGGCCGCAACGUUGCGCCACUCAAUUUCAUGCGAGGCACCAAGCUCACCUUCCUGGGCACGACCAUUGACACGAGCUCAUUCCCCAUCGCAGAUGUUGAUGAGCCCGAAGAUCCUACCGACACGACGCCUCUCUACAACAAAUCCUCUCACGCAUUUCUCCAGACCACGGCGGGUGUCAACCCACCUGUGCAGGUCGACUUGCCUUCGCGGCAGGAAGCCUUUACCUAUGCGGAAUGGUAUUUCAUGACUAUGGGCGCUUUUCUCCCUGUUGUCCAUCAGCCAACAUUCAUGGCACUGCUUACGCGAGUAUACGAUGAACCGGAUUUUCAACCGAGUGCCGCGCAGAUUGCACAGGUACACAUGAUCUUUGCGACCAUUCUCUUCCAAUACGGGGUGCGAAACUGGCAACAAGCAGACCAGCGCCAUCACCUCAACGACCUCUCCAACAAGCACUUCCACUUUGCCGUCUCAAAAUGGCACCAGUUGUUAUUAUCGAGAGAACUGGAAGCUGUGCAGGCCUUGGCUCUGAUGGCUUCUCACGUCAGACAAUUCCCCAAGCUAGGAUGCGGAUCAUUCGUUGCGCAUGCAGUGCUGCAGCGUGCCAUUGACUUUAAUUUGCAUCGAAAAUUCCAGCAAAAAGGCGAAAAGACCAAUCUCAUGAACGAGAUGCGCAAACGAAUGUGGUGGAGCAUUCUCAUGAGCGUUGUUUCCAUCACUGGUCGCCGGGGAUAUCCUGUCCCUAUCGCUGUCGAGGAAAUCGAUGCCGAGUUCCCAGAGCCGAUUGCAGAUGAGCUACUUAGUGACGAAGGAGUGGAUAUGUCGCGCACUCUCCCCUGUCCAUUUGAGGCUGCCAUUGCCGGGUUCAAGAUCACACCCAUCUUCAUGGAAGUCUUUUCAAAUAUCCACAGCGUUCGAGGCGACCCGCAAAGUUAUCUCUCCGUUGUUGAAGCGCUAGAAGAACAACUUGAGCUGUGGGAGUCCGAAUUACCCAAGUCACUCCGGCUCUCCGACGACGCAGUCUUGGAUUAUCAAACGCUAGCACCUCUGUUCAUGCGCACAUAUGUGCUGGAAGUUCGUCUAUCUCUGCGUCAUCCCGGUGUGGCAAUGACCACAGACAAGCAAAUCCUUGCGGCUAAUACCCGCAUUUGUGCUGAGACUGGAAGAGAGUACCUACGCGUUGCACAAAAAAUCCAGCAACUCAAAUGCCUGGAUACAACUUGGUACACAGUCUCCUUUGCCUCUGCAUGUAUCUUUGCCGUGCUGGUCGCCCAGUGGGAAAAGAGAUUUGAAACCACAGAGGACGAGUUUUCUUCCUUGCAAAAGGACAUGGCCAGCUGGAUGUCAAUAUUAGAAGAUAUCGGCGCAAUUCUUGUUUUCCAAGGUACCAAACAGAGUAUUGCGGACGAAAUCAGGCGAAUCAUGGAGCGGACCCUUGGCUGGAUUCGACAUGACAUGGACCACAAAGAAGACGAGAAGAAGGGGAUGAAAACGAAGCCAGUUUCUGGCAAAAACAAACAGCCCCCCAAGUCUCAGCCGAAGGGGAGACGUCGUUCCGACUCACUUCCACGGAAGCAAUCGCGCAAGCCAACCCACCCACAUAUUGAAGAAAGCGGACACACGUCCCUACAGGCUGCGCAGCAAUCUCAGCCGCAGGCAGUGACGCAAACACUAGCUGACACUCAAGCACCAGCUGGUGAUGUUGUGAAUGCUGCGAACGCAGAUGGCACCAACAAAGGGUAUUUUCCUGGGCAACCGAUGGCAACACAGCCAAACUAUCAACCCAUGGCAUAUAACGGGCCUCGCCAGCAAAAUCCGAGUCCCGCUGGGUAUCAGGCUGAUGCGGCGAUGCUGUAUAACAGCCCAUCAACGGAUCUCUCACCGAUGACGGAUUCCGUGCCCACCAACCGUCUGAUUGCAUUCGCCUCUCCCGCAAAUCAGCACAUGCCGGCGUCCAACGAAGCCGAGUACAUGUGGAAUGGGCGCGGGAACACCUGGCAAGACUGGACGGCCGCGAUCGCGGAUACGGAUGACCGCUACAGCGCCAAUGCUUUGCUGACCCUCGGGGGCGGUCCGAUGCAGCACCAAGGAACCCAGCCGAUGGAUUCAUCAUUCAUCAUCGGUCAAGGCAACUCGCUGAGCCAGCCAGGCGGCGGCAUUCACCAAGCGGCCCAGCCGGGACAGACGUGGCCAAUCAUGAUGUUUGACAACAACUCUGCAACCUCGGGAUAG